AUGGCGCCCCGAGAAAAUUCUCACGAGCCGUCAGGUACUCCAGCACCGGUGGAAACGGGAUUUGCCACUCUUGCGCAGCUGAGAGUAGGCGUAAAGGCGUGGGUCGAAAAGGAUGGCGAGAAACGCAAAGCUGAGAUACUGUCAAUACAGACACGGCAGGGCCGACCAAAGUUCUAUGUGCAUUAUGAAGAGUUCAACAAACGUCUCGAUGAGUGGAUCGAGGCCGAGCGCAUCGACCUAUCUCGAGAAGUUGAAUGGCCUGCCCCUGAGAAAGCAGACAAAAAGAAGGGCACUGCCUCUAAGAACGAAAAGGCGCCCUCAAAAUCUGACCAAAAGAACUUGAAGCGCUCACGUAGCAAGCUUGAUCGCGAAAUCUCAGGCACACCAGAGUCAACGUCGAGCAACUUGCCAGGCAAAGCACCAAGGCCAUCCAAAGCCGGCGGCAAGGAAAACCAGGAAGUCUUAGUCACCAGUGAAGUCACAGAUGGCACUCCCAAGGCCGAGGAUGAGGAGAUGGACCUCGUCGACGUGCAGGACGCUGCUGCAGCUGCCAAAGCUAUGCCUCCUCAGGACUUUUCGCGAGAAGACGAGAUUGAAAAACUGCGAACAUCUGGGUCCAUGACACAGAACCAAACCGAGAUCUCACGCGUGCGAAAUUUGGAGAAGAUUCAGAUGGGCAAAUAUGAGGUCGAACCCUGGUAUUUCUCACCGUAUCCCAUCGACUUUGUAGACUCAGAUGUCGUCUACAUCUGCGAGUUCUGCCUAUCGUACUUUGGUGAAGUAACGCAGUUUGAGCGCCAUCGCACAAAGUGCCACCUUCUCCAUCCACCUGGCAACGAAAUCUACCGCGACGACUAUGUGUCCUUCUUUGAGAUCGACGGGCGGCGACAACGAACGUGGUGUCGCAACCUCUGCUUGCUCUCAAAGCUCUUCCUAGACCACAAGACACUCUACUAUGACGUUGACCCUUUUCUAUUCUAUUGCAUGUGUACGCGCGAUGAGCACGGUUGCCACUUUGUUGGCUAUUUCUCCAAAGAGAAAGAGUCAGCCGAAGGCUACAACGUAGCCUGUAUCCUAACAUUGCCUCAGUAUCAGAGAAAGGGAUUUGGUAAGCUGCUUAUUGACUUCUCUUACCUCCUUUCCAAACGCGAGGGCAAGCUGGGAUCGCCGGAAAAGCCCUUGUCUGAUUUGGGUCUUCUCGGAUACCGUGCAUACUGGCAAGAGAUCCUGGUCGAUAUCCUUAUGGAGCCCGGCCGUUCCGAAGCCAAUAUCGAAGACUUGGGGGCCGCGACGGCGAUGACAACAAACGACGUACUGCACACUCUACAAAACCUAAACAUGCUGCGAUACAGCAAGAACCAACACGUCAUCGUACUCACAGAUGCAGUUAUUGCUCAACGAGAGCGACAGAAGGCAAAAGAAAAGUUGAAGGGUAAGAGAAGUAUCGACCCCGAUCGUUUGAUUUGGAAGCCGCCUGUGUUUUCAGCAGCUAGUCGUACCUGGAACUGGUGA